ACAUAAAAACCACCAUACAAAUUCAUAAGCAUAUGAAUAAGCCAAAUGAAUUCGAUGGCUUGGCAUACGUACAAUAAAAUAUGAUUAAAAACUUUAGUAUGACGUCAAUGAAUUUGUUCCGCACUUUAGAGCUCUCUCACUCACUCUCCCUCUCUCUCUCUCGCGCGCACACACACACACACUACAUACUGAAAUGAAUAUAAAGUGGUCGGUCUUCGAUUCGUAUUGUUUACGAUGCUGGUAUAUGGGUGUGGAUUUGAUUCAGCUUCAUUCGACGUUAAGAGGUAUAUUGUUCAACUUGUUGUAUACAGUUGUGCUGAUCAAUGAAAGGCUCUAAAUCAAACUUACGUUUUUUUUUCGGUCUCUUCUCUUCUUCAAUUGACUCGACACGUUGCGCGACCGCAACGAAAGCCGCUUUUUCAUGCUGCAAAAAUUCACUAUCUCUGUGAGUUUCUUAUUUAUUUUCUCUCUUCGUCAUCUGGUUUUAAUGUGGUGCAUCGUUGCGACACAUGCAUUCGAUUAUCCACUUUAAUACGUUGAGCUCGUUCUUCUUGAACAUGCAUACAUACAUAAAAAUUUAUUUUUGGAGUCGUUGAUAAGACAUUUUAAAAUAAAAAUUGGCCCGUUUAUCACUCGCAUGACGAGAAAGAAGCCAAUUAAUGGCAGCAAAUAAAAUCGCACUGAAUUGACAUUAACCGUAAAAGAAAAGAAAAAUCUUCGUAUGGCAACGAGCUGAAGUGCUGACGGAAUUCCGUUUACUGCUAACGUUGUGCUCACCUGAUCGAAUGUGGAUCAUCUUUUAUACACGUUUGUUCGUUGAACUGUAUGUGUUCGAGCUAAAUGAAACGUUAUCAAUGAGAUCAAUAGCAUAUGCAUGGGAAAUACACAGAAAACCAAUAAACUCUGUCACUCGUUGGCAAUUUCGACGAUUGUUCGAAUAUGUUUUGGCCUUAAGUUUUGCUUAUGUGAUGCGAACUCAAAAGAGACAAAGAAAAAAAACAUUGAAGCCAAAUCAGGAAUGUCGAUAGAAUAUAAAAACAAGAGCUCUCACAUGUUUACACAGACGUUUUUUUUUUUUAUUUCGAACGAGUGCUUGUGUGUUAGUGUGGUUUGACGUCAAAGAUGACCAUGUUUUGCGCGAAGUGCUGAUAUAUAUCAAUGUGAUGUUGUUGAAGCACUAGGCGACGUGCUCAAACCAAACAAAAUGUGGGAUCAUUUGCCAUACCGAAACCGAAAUGGCGCCACUUUUCGAAUUGAUCACAAACCAUAUUUUGUUUACUUGAUUGAAUGGUCCAAUGAAGUACAAAUACCAGCAAAUUUUCAUUGCAUGACCAAAUUGCACCAGCAAUGUGUUCGUUGAUUCGAUAAAUAUUUGACGAUAGCACACCGCUUAUCAGGUUACAGCAGAUUGACAAAACAAUAAGAAGCGUUCAUUAUUUUAUUUGUUUACUAUUUAUUUCUGCGCUUCACUCCAUUUCUGACACAUUCUGGUUGACUAUUUACUCGUUUAACAAUUUUUUUUGUUUUUUUUUUUUUUGCAUUUGAGUGUCGGCGUUCCAUAAUGGUCGAGGUCAACCGUGAAAUCAUUCAUCCACAAAUGAAAAGAAAUCACACAUUAAAUGAUCGUUUCUAUUAAAAAAUUCAGUUCCUUGCUCCGAUUAGGUAGCAAAGUUGAGUAAAAGUUAUAAAUUACUUUUUCAGACGUCAGCAUUAGCCAAUUUUAUGCUGGAUUGGCUUUCGUCUUUUGUCUAUAUUUAUUUGUGAUCUAAAAAUAAAGACAGCAAACGGUGCCAUUUAAGGUUCACAUUUUCAAAAUGAAUAAUUUAACGUUUUUUAUUCAGUUGUUGAAUGCGUCACACAAGCCCUGAAAUAUAGAACAUAAAAUGCCGAUGAUGAUAGUACGAUACACCUUUGUCGUGCUUUUGCUUGUAUCAAUCAAUGGCUAUUUUUGUAUGUGUGUGUUUCUGUCAAAGAUAAACUUUUUUAAUCGAUCAUUUCGUUUUUUUCUUCAAUCAUUUACGUUAAAACUCUGGGCAUUUUUCGCGUUUCUAUAAUUAAACUUGUCUGCUGGAGAGUAUGUUCUCACGUUGUUUGGCAUUAAGAAUUUAUCGCUUAUAGUAGAUCGUUUUACAUUGGAUGCGAAUGGUAAAAUCCCCCGAGACAAAUACAAGCGACAUUCAGUGUUGAUUUGCAUAUUCUAUUUCAGAACAGAAAGAAAAAUUAGAUUAAUUCAAUAGGUGGCCUGCAUUGUGUACGUCAUCGCAGCGUAAUUGAUAACCACCAUAAAGUUUAUGGCCAAUGUGAUAUUUUUAUACCACACAACCAAGAGCAACACUUCCAUAAAUGUUUUAUUGUAUGCGGACGCGUAGCUCGAUACUUUUUUUUUGAUCAUAUGUCUUAGUCAGUAUUGUAUCUAUUUGGGAGUAUGUUAAAUCGUUAAGCGAGAGAUUAUACAAAUUGUUAAAAUAAUCAAGUUGUAGACUGAAUUUUUCUUAUAGAUCGAUCUCUUAAAUCAUUCCAUCGAUCUGAUGGUUGUUGCUUACAAAUGAGCUCGAUCAUCUACUUUAUUUGAUGACGCACAUCUUUAUUGUUUCCUUUUUAUUGUUCCACUGAUAGAUACUGAAAAUGUUCCAACAAAAAAAAAACAUCGAAAAAAAUAUCAGGCAGAUUACGUUGGUGAGAUAAAUGAUAGUGUUAACUGUUAUCUUGAUUUUGAAUAUGUGUACCAAGGCAGUCUCCUUCACUAUUUACAUCCAACCAACGAAUCAUAAUCAAUGAACUUCUCCACAUCAAGUGACUUUUUGUAUAUUAUGUGACACGAAAUUGCGUUUCAUAUUCACUUUAAUUGAACUUAUGUUUUUUUUUUGUUUCUUUUCGAAAUUGUAAUGUAUUAUGAUACCAAAAAAUUUCCGUUCAUAUGUCCAUUUCAAAAUAUGAUUUAAUUUGGCAGCACAUUUUAUGAUCAAUAACUGAUAACAUAUCAUAAAUAACAUAAUUCAAGCUCUACAAUUCGCACAAUCUAUUAUCAACCCAUUCGACUCGGUGCUGCCUACAUUCGGGCGCUUUUAUAUAUACACUUCAUAAUCACACAUCAUAAUCAUAUAUUGUUGUUUUUGCAACUGUUUAUUUCAUAAUUUGUAUCCCAUUUAUUUUUUAUGUUAUCAAAUAAUAUACAUGGUAAUUAGCCGAUUAAUUAGCAUAACUAAUGCAAUUUAAAUGCGCUGCCAAAAAUAGAUACAUAGUUGAAUAAUGUCAAAGUCUUUUUAUCACUUGAGUUUAUGAUAUAAUGGAGGCAAUUUAAAAGUCGAAUCAUAUGUGGUUCGACUCAUCCUCUUCAGAGGUGCAACCCCAUUUCAUUAAAAAAAUACUAAUCCGCUACAUAUUUUUCGUUUACGUGAACCGGAAUUUUUUGUUUACUCACGUAUAUGUAUGUAACACUGCAACAAUAUAACAGCUUCCAAUAAAUAUAGUCUCCAUAUCGUAGUUUCACUUUGAAAAAAAUGUAUGGGAGAGGAAGUCCUGAUAAAAUGGCCUGCUGAUAUCAAAGAAAAAUGGCCGCUACAGAAUGAACCAUACUCAAUAAGUUGUUUGUUGACACGCAGAGGAAAAGAAAGAGGCUGGCUUGCAAAAUUACCGGUGUGAUUAAUGUACUGUGUCAUUAUGGCAUUACGUUGGAAGUGUGAUAUUAAGAGCUCAUCGAAACGUAUAAAUUGAUGUUGACUGCUUCAUUUUUCUUAACGAUCGGCGGCACCGAUUCACAUACGUGUAAAUGCCGUUGGGCUGAUGGUGCGACAGACAGAUUGGCGGUGGUGUGUCGGCAUGCAAAACGGAGGAUAUUGAAAAUUAACAAACGAGUUUGACAUCGCAACCGCUGAAAUUAUUUCGUAUAAAAUGCCAUACGUGUAUGAAGAUUUAAAGUGCUGAGUCGGCCGUUUUUUUUUUCUGUGUCAUUCGACAGCAAUAUAAAGAUAUUAUUUCAAGUAAUUUUCUCGAGUUGAAGAUCCUCACAUUCACAUAGUGUUUAUGAUUUAUCUUUUUUUUUUGCUGUGCGCAGAUGCGCAGAAGAACGGAUGUGAAUUUCAGGGAAAUAAUUUAACUGUCUUUGGAUGAUUGAACUGAGCACAUACGCAAUAUAAUUUAGUGUCGAGGUAAAACCGUAAAUAGGAAGUACUUCAAAAAUCAAAACAACGAAUAAACCUUUGUUCUGGACGAAGUCUUCACAGAUAAAUUUAUUUUGUAUGUGUUCAACAACACACAUCCAAAGAAAAUAAAUUGAAAUUUCUAAUUGAACUGAAAGCAUAAUCUUAGACAAAAGAUCAAUGUCACGAUGUCCAAAUUAAAACACUACGUCGAAGCAGCGCACCGCACUGAUACAUCGCCCCGAUUGACGUCACUAAAACCACUUUUUAAUUCACGCCGAACAGCGGCAUUAUUCAAAUGCAAAUUGAUUUGUAUAAAAUAUUUGAUCCAUAUGGAAACAUGGAACCUGAACUAUUUCUCCUGUUUUGGGCCGAAAGUGAAUCUUAAAUUAUUCAAAAUUGAAUGAACUGAAAGUUAUAUACAUCAUUAAUUGACUCUGACUGUUGCGAAGCUCACCAAUAAAACUUGACCUUAAAUUAUUUAAAUCGAUUUCAAUCAAGAGAUUAUGAGCAAAUUAUAAGACGCCACACGUUUUUUCUUCUUCUCUUCAUUUCUACUAUGGACGAUCGUCAGUUUAUAUGUAUCAUGUUUAUAUUCAUAAAUUUGAUUUGAUUUCCAUUUUUUUUAAAACCUUUCACAGAAGUUUUCUGACGCAGUUCACGACGAAUGGCCAAUGUUCUGUGUUGUCAUCUGCACACGCGUUACAUUUUGGCUGCGAACGAAAUACGAGAAAGGAAGAAAUGAAGAGACACGAGCAAAGGUGUACGUUAUCAAUGCGUUGAAAUCAUUGCCUUGGCACAGAUGAUCAUAACUCAAAAAGUGGCCGCUCACUCUAUUGUCCGUCAAGCGAGAAACAAACUCGUACUAUAAUCAUUUUAAUUUUCGUGUGUAUGGCUUUUCUGCUUGUUCAUUUAUUCGCAAUGUUAAAUAUUGUAUUUACAUAUGUAUAUUGACGACGUCGAGUCGUUACAGUCGAGCAAACCCGUAGCCAUGUGUACACGUAUGGUCAAAAAUGCUUGGCGAUAAAAUGAGACUGAUUUGUGAAAAUGCGACACAAUGAGUUUGCGGACAUGAAAUUUAUGUAAGAAAAUAGCAAUCGAGAGAAAGAGAGAGAGAAUGCGAGGAGAAGAAGAAGAAGAAGAAGGAGAAGCAAAAAAAAAAGUAUCACUCGCAGCCAGAAUGACCGAAUAGUCAAAGCAAUAGGAGGAAUAAGACACUGGAUUCGUACACACAACAAACAAACUUACGCGAUCGACUGUGAGAGAUUCUGUGGUCGUUGCUUUCGCUGUGCCGACACGUUUUGCAUGAGACUCGGCGGCGUUUCAGCUUGUUUACUUUGUAGCCAUUGAUUCAGUGAUUCGCGAACUCUGAAACUAUUCUAAUCGAAGCGCUACGGUAUCCACAAUUUUAUUUCGAGCUCCCAUUGACUACGUCUGUUCUUGAUUUAAAAUAACCGUUUUUUUUUUGCGUGUGAAGAUUUGAUUCAACUUUUUCUUUCUUCUUUGUUAUAAUCAACAUACGCAUUUGUGGUAAACUGCCGAAUUGAAUAGUAAAACUUGAAUAGAACUGUGAACGAUCAAAGCAAUAAAAUCGCAACAUUAUUUAUCAUUAGUGACGCAAAUUGUAAUCCGAAUAUUUGCAUGAAUAUGUGUGUUUCCUGUUGAUUUCCCGCCGCUUUUUGCCGUUUUAAUUUUGUGUGACAUUUGAAUUAUUACAAAACAGUUUUCAAAUUUAAACUCAUAGUGAUUUUUAAUUUAUAAUCGUUCGGUUUGGAUUAACCAUAUUUUGCAUAACAUGAAAUACACCCGUCGACUAAAUAUUGGCAAGAUAUGACGCAAAAUCGUUCUGAGCAGUCAACGUUAUUUUAGAAAUCAAUACAUUUAAGUUGUUUGUGCGUGUUUCAAUUUUGAUUGUCUUUCUUUUUUUGGAAUGUCAAUUGCACAAAGAAAAAAAAAAACAACAGAAAAGCAUCACAUGACUGUUGGUUGUGUCAUUGACAUGAAAAUUAGGCGCACAUUUUCAUAUUUCGAAUACAGACGAUAAUUGGAACGGAGCAUUUUCAGUUGAUUGAGAACACGAUCGGAGAAUGAAUAACAAUGCAAAAUGUGAUUAUUUGAACAAACCCAAAUAUUCCAUUGAAAUUGUUAUUAUAAUAUCAUACACGCACUGAAUUCCUUAUGCAUAGGUUAUUUUUCGUAACAUCUCCAAUUUGUUAUUUUCAAUGCGUUGCACAAGAAAAAAAAAACAGUUUGAAAAGAAAAACUGAAACCACAUCUCAAACUCUGGGCGAAAAUGCGUUUCGACGUAAGUUUCGAUGCAAUUGAAAUUGCACGAGAAACACAAACUGUAAACAUGGAAUGGUAUAUCGACAAAACCAGCCAGACGUCUGCAAUUUAAUCCAUUUUACCGUUGGAGUUGAUAAAAAUUUACAUAAAAUUCAAAUGGUUUCGCGAAGUUAUUUGCUCAUGUAGGUAAAUGUUUUUCUACCUUUUUUUUCGCUGCUCGCAUUCGACUGCUCCGAUUUUAUUCACUCGCUCAGGCACUGCCAAUUUAAGUGCACUGAUUAAAGUGUCUGCAGAAAUAUUAAUAAUUUGUCUCGUAAAAAUCAAUAAAAUUUUAUGCGCUUUCAGUUGGCGCUGUGCAAGCAGCUUCAGUUUUGAAAAAUCGCAACUAUGGGGAAAUGUAUGGGAGUCUGUUUGUCGAAGAUUUUAGCAUUCGACUCUGCCAAACACACGAACUCACUCGCUCACUCACACUUGCACACAUUUAUCAUUUUCUUCAUUUAUUUUAAUGCUUGCCCGAGGAAAGGCAAUCGCCUCCUGAAUUACGGACACACGAAUGAGCUCGUUUGAUAUUCAAUAUUUUCAAUUUCUACGUUGAAAAUUGACGCCUACCAGUUUUUUUGUGAAAAAAAAAUGUGAUAGAGCGAAUCUUGAGUUAUUUGAAGCCAGUUUUAAGGCAUUCAAACAUAUAAUAAGAAUAUUUGCGUGUGGUCUCUUUGCAAGGGAGUUUAUCAUUUUGUGCUGUCACUUUAAGUGGAGCUGUCAUCAUCGACAACUCCUACAUUCUUCAAGUACAUGUUUCUGUUGCAUUCUUUGAAGCCGAUAAAUUUCUUUAUUUGCCAACUCAACAACUGUUUACUGUGUACCUCUGGAAUUUACCUGUUUCCUGUAUUAAUCUCGUGAAGAGCAAUAUUAUCUCUUUUGCUGCGAUCAAAUAUGAAUCUCUUAUCUGAAACCACUUGUAGAUUUCAGUGGAAAAAAAUCAGCGAACGACGAUUUUCGGUUUGCGCGCACAUAGUUCGUGUGCAGUGAUUAAGUAAUUUACAUGACCAUUGACGUUUCCAUGCAAUUUAUUUAUACAAAACAUAUAAUUUUCGGUGUCAACGUCAUGUCAACAAAUUCAGUUUUAAAUAUAGAAUGUGAAACGAAAGAGUGAGCCCGCGUGUCAUUUGAUGUUUCAAUAAACAAUUAUGUCGCCCCGCGAAUACAGAUAAAAAUCAUUGAAUAAAUUGAAAGCGUAAUUGGAGUUCGCGGACAGUUCAAUCGAAUUUGUAAAUGUAACUCGAAUUCGUAUUUCGACGUUGAUCGAAAGUUUUGAUAAAAGCAAUGUGACGUCAAUGCAUCGGAGCAGAAGUUCACUUGAAAUAACCAAAAAAAUAAUGUCACAUAUUUUUCCGAAGCAAAACGUAACGCAUGUAGAUACUGAUCGUUCCAUACGCUCAUUUGUUGGUGUUGUUGUAUCUCAAUGUCUCCGUGACUAUUCAGCGACCGAAAGCCCAUGCAUGCAGCAUACUCUUUUGGUCAAUAAACAAAACCGAGUUAAACAAAUUAAAAUCGAAUAAUUUAAUCUGAUUGCAAAUGGUUAACUGCUUCUCAUUCCGGUGCAGCAAAAUAAAUGCUUGUUGUAAAAUACCGCCCCCUCUGUACUGGAAAAAAAAUGGCAGCAGCAGUAACAACAGCAACAACAACAAAAACAGCUAAGCGCGACGAAAAAACGUUUACAAGCCCAAGUAAACUGAAAGAAAUCAUAGACACGCGGUUGUUGCUUACCUAUUACUUUUAGUGUGACACUCAUAAAUUAUGUGCGAAUGCACGCAUGUUGUGUUAAGCAGUGCUCGAACAUGAAAAUAGUGGAUUACAUUAAAUAACCGAUUAUAUGCGAUUAUUUAUGCUUUCCGCCCAUUUAUUGCCGACUGCAACAUGUCACGUUCCGCUCCGCUCACAGUUUGCAUUCGGCGUCUCGGCGAGCAUUUAGGUGCACUCUUUUCCAGUUACUCCAGCCGCCUGAUAAAUACAUAGCUUUUUUUUCUGCAUUAAAAUGGAAGCGUUCAUGAUUGGUUUUCGCACUUUUUCCAAAUGUAAUCAUUUCAAUUGAAGACCCGCUCUCCAACUGUAUGACUGAAAUUAUAACAAAUGUGUUAUUUAUUACUCGUUUGCAUCGGUUAAUUUAUUUUUUUAAAAACACAAUUUGACCAAAGUGGCGUUAAUUUACUCGCGUCACGGAAUAAGCGUAAAUAAAUUGAAACGAUUUGAAUUGAACGCCAAUUAUAGUCAAUGGCAAAUGUAGCUCCUACAAGCGGUUUUUUAUUUGACAGCCGAUUCAUUUGUAAUUAAAAUUACAGGUGGACACAUAUCGUUUGAUAUUGGUAGUCCUUCCCACCCAAUGAAUUAAUCUCACAGGAGAUUCCAUGAAUGGGUAAAAGAAUCAUUUAUCAAUGUUGAGACCAAUCUCAAUCAUUUCAAUUGCUUACGCUUAAUUAACGUCCAUAAAAUAUUGCGAGCACUAGUGAAAAACAAGUCCAAAUGCAGAAAUUAUCCUGUCAACUGAGCACAUCCAAUUUUGGAUGGAAACGAACAUGCCAACCGUUUGCAGUCAUUACGAGGAACAAGACAAAUCUCAAUACACCAAUUCAAGGCCUAUCUCAUUUCUUUAUUGAUAUAUAUGUUGAUAAAGUUUAUUGGCUCAUUGAAAAUGCGAGUCUGGCUCAAUAGAUUCGAAAUAUGUAGAAAAAAAAAUCCGUUUUACCUAAUCAUCUAAAAUCAUCUGAUUAACGUCAUUUUUAUUGCAAAUAUUUGAUCGUCGUUGAGAUAUUGCAUCUGUUCCAAUAAACAGAUAUUUUCUGCGCUUAUUUCAUGUUAUACGAAAUUAAUGUUUGAUGGAUUUUAUUGACGCAGAUCCAAAAGAAACACGGAGCUUUUUUUUUUCGUCGAUUGUACUAAAAUACAUUUGAAAGUAACAGAAAACUUGUCAAAAUGACGUUUUGUAAUUCGUCACCGUCGACGCGUCCAAAAACACUUAUGGAACUACUGUUGGCUAAAAAAAUCGAGGCCGCCUCGGCUGAAGGUGGUGGAUUGCUUGGUCGUCGAUUGCUUCGAACCGAUUCAAUGGAUUCAGUUUCGAGCAUUGGCUCCUGCACAUCGUCGAUGCUCGGUGAAGACGUAUGUCGUUGUGACGACUGCUUGCUGGGUAUUGUUGAUCUUUACAUUAUUCAGCCGAAAGAGAGGGCAUCGCUUAAGAAAAAGCCGUCUGGAUGGCGAAAAUUACGAAAUAUCGUGCAAUGGACACCAUUCUUCCAGACAUACAAAAAACAACGUUAUCCAUGGGUGCAAUUGGCCGGUCAUCAAGGCAAUUUCAAAGCUGGUCCCGAUCAAGGCACCGUCUUGAAAAAACUGUGCCCCAAAGAGGAGCUCUGCUUUCAUUUUUUGAUGAAAGAUGUUUUGCGACCUUAUGUGCCGGAAUACAAGGGUCAAGUCACUAGUGAUGAUGGUGAACUAUAUUUGCAGCUACAAGAUUUAUUGAGUGAUUUCGAUCAGCCGUGCGUAAUGGAUUGCAAAAUUGGCGUUCGAACUUAUUUGGAAGAAGAACUCUCGAAAGCAAAAGAGAAACCAAAGCUGCGCAAAGAUAUGUAUGAAAAAAUGAUACAAAUUGACAAAGAUGCACCCAAUGAAGAGGAGCAUCGUGCCAAGGGCGUUACCAAACCAAGAUACAUGGUAUGGCGUGAAACAAUAUCCAGCACUGCCACAUUGGGCUUUCGAAUUGAGGGUAUUAAAAAGGGCGAUGGAACGAGCUCGAAAGAUUUCAAAACAACCAAAUCGCGUGAUCAGAUCAAAGCCGCAUUCAAAGAUUUCACUUAUGGUUUCUCGAAUGCUAUACCAAAGUAUAUACAACGUCUCAAGGCGAUUCGAGCAACAUUGCAGCGAUCGGACUUUUUCCAAACGCACGAAGUGAUCGGCAGUUCAUUGCUGUUUGUACACGAUCGACAUCAAGCCAGUAUUUGGUUGAUUGAUUUUGCGAAAACGGUUUCGUUGCCAUCGGGCGCCAAUAUCACACACACAAACGAAUGGAUCGUGGGCAAUCACGAAGACGGAUACUUAAUUGGUAUAAACAAUCUCAUUCAAAUAUUCGAAGAGAUACUGGCGAGUGAAGCGAAAUCAGAGCAAUCCGAAAGUCGAACAAAUGAAUAUGAGGCCAACGAUGGUGACGAAUACGAUAUACAAGAGUUAUCGAAAUCAAAUUCAGUCAAUUGCCCCGGUCAAAAACACUUCGACAUAACAUCGAGCAUGCAAACACAAGAGAAGAAUGUGGAUCUUCCGCAGGAAAUUGAUGCUAUGAAAAUUGACCAAACGAUGCAGCAUUCCAGCCACGAACGAACUGAGGACAAUCGUGACCAAGACAAAUGAAAUAUAAACUAAACUAGUUAGCUUAAUAAUUCUCGCACGGCAGCCUCAAGUGUAUGUAUGUGUUUGUGUGUGUGUGUGUGUGUGUGUGUGUGUGUAACACAGAACAACUAAUAGAUUUAGGUGCGAUUUUUAGGCCGUCGGACUAAACAGUUGGUUAAACACUGCGUGUACUUCUUAAAACGUUUGAUGAGAAUCUUGCAGGCCAAUGCAUUGCAAUUCAUUCCAAAUUGCAACCUCAUAAAUCAAUUAAAAAAAAAUUUCAUUAGCUAAAAAAAGGAAGAAAGAAAACAAAAUGUUACAUUUUGUAAUCAUUUAACAUCUAAUUGGACAUAAGACUGAUUUAUUGUUUAACUUACGAAACACAUUCAUUCAUCUCAUUUCAAUAGUAUAGUUAAAAAAUUAAAUUCACACAUUGAAUGGGAUAACUCUGAAGCAAAGAUGAAAAGAAGAAGUAGAAGAAGAAGUAUUAGAAACAAAAUAAAGAUUCUUACACAUUUGUUUGAACAAUGCGCCAAACUCAUACCACAAUUUGCUGAUUGAGACAAUCUACACAUAGAGAAAAAAAGUAGCGUUUCUUGGUGUUAGUGAUUCUUUUUCUAUAAUAUGAAACAUUUUUUUUUGCUGAAAUUUUUUAUUGUGUUGGUGCAAAUUUGACAAAAAAAAUUCCAAAAAAGAAUCUAUCACUUGUCAAAUUCACACCAAUACAACCAAAGUUUUUUUCGACGAAAUUUUUUUUCUUCAUAAUAGCAAAAAAACUUUGGGUCAGAUUCAAGAAAAAGAAUAACUAACACCAAGAAACGCGACUUUCUUCCCUGUGUGGAGUAAUCGUUUUUUAAGGUGUUUAAUGAAAAUCAUUUAUUAGAAUCAUCAUUGUUGUCAUGAAUUUAGGAUUGGAGUUAUUAUUUAGGCACAUUGCUAAUGUUUAAGGAUGAGCUAAGCUAAAAACAAACACAAAAUCUCUUUUUUGUUCUUUAUUAUUUACAUACAUAAUUUAUCUUAUUUAUAAUUUUUAGGAAAUUCAUUAGGCAAUUUGAUUUGCCCGAUUCAUUAUCAAAAAAAUUUAGUGUGAUUCGGAGAAAAUGUUAAAAAUAAAAGUCAAUUUAAAAUUUGAA